AUGGCUAUAAUGCUGCUCUGCCUUCUACAGCUUGCUGCACCACUCUGUAGUUACUCAAUAACUAUACGUUUCUAUCUUUUUUGGUUAAACACUCCCUGAAGAUGAUAAUGAUGUACAUACAUCCGUAUUAUACACAUUGAUUCAUGUGUAAGGAUUUCUCUUCAUGUUUAUUCUGCGGGCUGGGCAGAAUUUAGUGUAACGUUGAUACACAUCAUGAUACUUUGAUAUAAGAGUAAGUUCACUAUUUUCAUAAUGAGCCCAAAUCUGAAGGCUUUUGUAGUAUAUUUUAAAAGGGAAAACUUACCCAAAUGUUUUAUUUCUACACGUUUGUGUAUAUGUGUGUGUGUGUGUAUAAGCCAGUUAGUAUAUAUGUAUAUGUAUAUUAUAUACAUAAAACACUUUAUAUUUUUUCAUACAAGUAUGCUUUUAUUAUACAGAUAAUAAAGAUGGGGGAAGGUUUCUGUUUUUUUCUUAAUAGGUGAAGAAAUCUUGAAGACCAGAAAUUGGAUCUUAUUGAAUUUUGGUGUUCUUUUUCUUUUUUCUUUUUCUUCUUUCUUUUUAAAUUAUAUUGUUCGGCUAUGGAAGAUGGAUUUUUUUUUCAAUAUCCUUUGAUUCUGAAGUUCAUCUUUAAAUGAACUCUCUUUUUGUUGGUUUUUAUUUUUGUUUUUGUUUUUGUGGAGAUAACUAAGCCUAGCUUGUCUCCAGUCUGACAAAGGUUAUUCGAACGGACUUAAUCUCCCAGUAGUUGGGAGAUGUUUUAAAAACACGUCCUGUGUUUGAAUUGUGGCUGAGAGGUUUCCUUGGCAAUGUGAGGAGGAAAAUUCUUUCUGCCCCAUUAUUAUUAAUUCAUGGAUUGAGUGUUGAUUCGACCUACAGGCGUAAUAGAUUGGAACUCAGUGAAGACACAGAGGUUCCUGUUGAGAGCAACCAGCUAAU